UUCAGCUCUCUCUGCCCCCUACUUUGUAUUUGGGUGGACUGCCCCGAAAAUAUGUAGCUGCCCAGCUCCACCUGCACUGGGGUCAGAAAGGAUUACCAGGGGGAUCAGAACACCAGAUCAACAGUGAAGCCACAGCUGCAGAGCUCCACAUUGUGCAUUAUGACUCUGAUUCCUUUGGCAGCUUGAGUGAGGCUGCCCAGAAGCCUCAAGGCCUGGCUGUCCUAGGCAUCCUAAUUGAGAUGGGUGAGACUGAGAAUCCAGCUUAUGAACACAUUCUGAGUCACUUGCAUGAAAUUAGACAUAAAGAUCAGAAGACGUCAGUGCCUCCCUUCAGGCUGGGAGAGCUGCUCCCCCCACAGCUAGAGCAGUUCUUCCGUUACAAUGGCUCGCUCACAACUCCCCCCUGCUACCAGAGUGUCCUCUGGACAGUCUUCCAUCGAAGGGCCCAGAUCUCAGUGGAGCAGCUGGAAAGGCUUCAGGAGACAUUAUUCUCCACAGAGGAAGAGUCCUCUGAGCCCCUCGUGCAGAACUACCGAGCUCCUCAGCCUCUUAAUCAACGAACAGUUUUUGCUUCUUUCACCCAAGUGGAAUCCUUGUAUACCACAGGUGAAAUGGUGGGCCUAGGUGUGGGAAUCUUGGUUGGCUGUCUCUGCCUUCUGCUGGCUGUUUAUUUCAUUGCUCAAAAGAUUCGGUGAGAUCCUACUUUCUAUUCAUGCAGUAAUUGUCUAUGAAAAAGC